AUGCUCGUCGCCGUCGAUGGAUUCAUUUGACAGUGGUAAGAGGCAUUAAAGUGCGGUGGAAUACGGAGGGAAGACCGGAGACUUUGAUAGGGAAGAAGACUUGAAUAUGGAGAGGAAAGGAGAGUGGAAUAGUCAAACAUUACCGGUGGCGCUGUUCAAUGGUUGAUUACUCUCUUCGCUCUGUCGGUCUCUCUCUCUAAUCAAACCUCUCCCAGCAACUCUCUCUCCCUCUCUUUCGUAUCACUUCUCUCGAACAUUUCCUCUCCCCUCUCUGCGGUUGUGAUUCGAGAGCUUGGUGAAGAAGCAUGGCUGGUUCAAAUGUCCCGACAUUUGGGAACUGGGAUAGCGAAGAAGAUGUUCCCUACACAAUAUAUUUUGAAAAGGCAAGUAAAAAACGAGGAGGAAAGAUUACAAAUCCAAAUGAUCCCCAAGAAAAUCCAGAUAUGUUUCCUGGUAAAGCUCUUCCUUCUGAUGUUGCACCCAACCCUGCUACAGCUAAACCCAUAGCUCUUCAAUAUGAGGAACCACCUACCACAGAGAAGCAUCGGUUGAGUAAAGAUGAAGGCGACUACUUGAAUCAUCAAUCUAGUUCUCCAGCACGGAGUGGAAACACUGUGGGCCAGAGACGCAGUGAAUCACAUCCUGCUAGACAAAGUGCAGGCAGCUUUGAAAAAUCGCCCUACCACCCACAACUUCAUCAGGAGAAGCCUCGAGAAAGAAGGAAUUCACAUGAAAGCAGUCGUGGUACAACACCUGGAAGGUCUUAUAAUAAUAGUAAUAGCCAUCAAGGUACACCUGGAAGGUCCUAUGGCACUACUCCUGGAAGAUCCCGGCAGAAGCUUGAAAGCCCUGAUAGGGGAGCAGCUGCACUUCCAAAAUUUGGGGAAUGGGAUGAGAAAAAUCCCCAAUCAGCAGAUAACUACUCAUACAUUUUCAAUAAAGUACGAGAUGAAAGGCUUGCAGUGGUUACCUCAAACAUUUCACGGACCCCAACACGACCUCCUUCUUCGAACACAGUGAACCAAGAGGAUGACCAUAAAUAUCAGAAGAGUUGCUGUACCUGGUGGAAGAAAAGAUGAAAAUCAAACUUUCCAGUUCAUUUCUCGGGCAGUUACUGAAUGGUGUAAAUGAUAGCAAGUCAACAGGCUCUCUUAUGCUCUUAAAUUGAUGUGUUCCACAUUCUAUUCACCGGAUAUAGACUUUCCAUUACCCGUGAUAAGUUUAUUUUGAAAUUCUUUAUUGGGUCUUGUUUGUUUCAUGCUGCUGUGGUUUCUUCUAGCCACCUGUGAGGCUGUGAUUAUAUGUACUUGGGAAAUUCUUACUUAAAUUCCUUUAUUAUUAUAAUUAUUAUUUUAUUAUUACUAUUACUAUUAUUAUUUCUUUCAUUUCAUUUUUACAAUGGAUUUUCUUUCAUUGUUGUAAACAGAUGUUUGUUUCGGCUUGCAUUUCGGAAUAAAAGCAAUUCGACC